GGGAAAAUUGCGGGACAUGGAUACCCCCGCUCUGCAACUUUCACGCACACUUUACGGACAAAGAAGUUGUGACGGGCAAAAACUCAUCCACGCAGGGUACCCCUGGUUCGCUCACCUCUCUGAGAAGAAAAAACUCACCGCCCCUCUCAGAAGAAAAAACCCUAGCGACUCAACCAUCCAUCUCUCUAAUCUUUUCUCACUCAAAGCCCUAGCAACUCAAUCAUCCAUUGCCACUCGCCCCAACGAAGCUCAACCCUUCAGCAAUUCCUGUCCUCCUCGCCUCUGGUCUAUUCCCCUCUUCGCCCCCAUCGCUGCAAGCUAAGAGCUCAGAGAAAGCUACAAUCAUCAAAAAUGAAGAUUACGGCAUUGUUGCUCAUGAAAUGCAGCAACGAUGAGGGAUCUGAGCCUCUAGUUCUUGCAAGUGCUUCGGAUGUUAGCCAAUUUGGUUACUUUCAGAGGACUGGAGCCAAAGAGUUCAUCCUUUUUGUUGGCCGUACAGUUGCGAAGAGAACUCCACCUAGUCAGAGACAAUCUGUUCAGCAUGAAGAGUACAAGGUGCAUUCUUACAACAGAAAUGGUCUUUGUGCUUUGGCUUUCGCGGAUGAUCAUUACCCCAUCCGUAGUGCAUUCUCUAUUCUCAAUAAGGUUCUAGAUGAAUAUCAGAAAAGCUUUGGGGAGUCCUGGAGAACCAUGCAUUUUGAUGCAACUCAACCUUGGCCUUAUAUAAGUGAAGCUCUCACCAAAUAUCAGGACCCCGCAGAAGCUGAUAAAUUGCUAAAAAUUCAGAGGGACUUGGACGAGACCAAAAUCAUUCUUCAUAAGACAAUUGACAGUGUGCUUGAAAGGGGAGAGAAGCUGGACAGUCUAGUGGAGAAGAGUUCAGAUCUGAGUGCUGCAUCUCAGAUGUUCUACAAGCAAGCCAAGAAAACCAACCAAUGCUGUACCAUAUUAUAGAUGAUUCAAUUCUUGUAUUAGAAUAAUGGUUCAGGAUUGUAAAGAGUGAGAUGAUGAAAAUAUUGUGGUGGUUGUAUUAUCUAUCACCGUUAUGUAAUUGUGGGUUUGCCUUAACUCUUGGGGCCGUGGUGGGUAGCUUUCUACCCUUCUGUCUUGUGCGUUUCUGGCUUUUUUGGGACUAAGAAUCAGAGUUCCAGUUUUAAUGGCUCCUUGAA